UACACAACACCUUUCUAGAAGCAUUCGAGAAUGGCAUGCUCAAGCUGCCUGGAUCUAUUUCGUCGUCAUCUGUCAACAAUCUAGACUCCGAGGCAGCCAAUGACUUGUUUAGUUUGCAGUCCUGUGUUCGCCGACAUCAAGAAAGACGCACGCCCAUCGACUUUGUUACAGCAAACCAAUCCAAGGCCUCAGCUGAUGGCACAGCUGCCACGGUCCAUCUCCUGACGAUGCAGAGCAAUAUGGCCGACCUGACAUGGCUGUACCGAGAGGCCUAUCUGACCCUCCAGCCAGGGGGCUGGUUGAUGCAGCUCCAGGCCCAAGCUUACGUAAUGCAAACGCCGGCAUCAUCGGCUCCGGCGUCGCACACGCAGCCGUCAACAGAUCCAGAUCCGGUCAAAGCUGCACUGCAGAACCAAGGGUUCACCAACCUCAGCCUGGGUGUCUCACGCCAAGUAUCUAUCCCCGGUAGCGUCAGUGCCAAAGUCCCAAAAACCGCCGGAUUCUACGAGAUGCGUAUCUGGACGGCCCAGAAGCCUCGGAUAUACGGAAACCAACAGGGGGGGACUGCCUAGCUCCGUCGCUCACCUGGCAGCGACGAUGGCCGAAAUGGAAAUCGAUAGCGGGGUCUUCCAUGAACUUCUCACGCGCCUCGCGGGCGCCUGGAAGAAUGACCGACUUGCAAUCCAGGGAUUUCAGGCACCAUCUUCAACGGCGACUCAUCCAUCCUCGUCAAGAUAGGAAAGUUGGGGGAGGCGACCCAUGUGCAGCGGGGCGUAAUCAGGAUGAGGCUGGAAAUAGAUGGACAGACAGAUAGACAGGUGAACAACAGGAAAUACAGUCAAUGUUUAACCCC